CUCUCCUCACUGCGGGCGCUUGAUCGGUGGAGCUCGGGCUGAAGUUGCGUUGUGUUGUCGCUCCGUCUCGCCUUUGAUUCGGAAGUAAAACCGUGACAGCUCUUACGGACCCCCUUGCACCGUGCCCCGGGACUCUGAGUGAACCCUACCCCGCCGGGACAUGCCCGUUUCACCGCCGAGCUGCUACUUUCCGAGGCCCGGGCCAGACUGUUGAGCUAACCGCAAACGGCUACCAUGUCGCGGGGAGAAAUUCCGUGUUGUGCGGCCUCGCCUCAGCUUGUGGCGUCUACGCACUGAAUUUUUUUGGGGGACGACUACCGAGGCUACAAUCCCCCUCCACCCGGGCUGUCCAUGCGCUAACCGUCCCCGGAGAACCACAGCGUACACCGAGCCCUGCCUGCCGCUAGCCCAGAGUCAUGGCGGACAGCUUCGGAGAGGAGUCCAGCGGUGGUGCCCUUGGUUUAGGCGUCACCGGACAGGGCAACGGGGCCCCUGUGCUGCCCGCUCUCACCAGCUCCGGACAUUUACUGGCCCCCGGCGGCGGCGCUCCCUCCGGCUCCGGGCCCGUGUCCUCCGCACACAGUGGUCUGACCGCGGUGGUGACUCCUCUGGCGGCUGUCACUGGUGCGCUUAGCCCCGGGUCGUCUCCUCCGGUAGUGGCCGUGUCGCCCGUCGUUCACGCCUCGUCGCCGCUCGCCGGGGUCGGGCUGGGGGUCGGUGGUGUGGCAGGGGUCGCUGGGGCCGGUCUCCUGUCCCAGAUCCACGCCACUUCCUGGGACCCGACCAUGAGUACGGACUGGGACAACGAGAAGGCGUCCCAGCAGUGCAUACUCAGGAUAAAGAGGGAUAUCAUGUCCAUCUACAAGGAGCCUCCUCCAGGCAUGUUCGUGGUCCCUGAUCCUCAAGAUAUGACCAAGAUCCACGCUCUGAUUACGGGUCCGUUUGACACCCCGUACGAGGGCGGCUUCUUCCUCUUCCUGUUCCGCUGCCCCCCGGACUACCCCAUCCACCCGCCCCGCGUCAAGCUCAUCACUACGGGACACAACACGGUGCGCUUCAACCCCAACUUCUACAGGAAUGGGAAAGUCUGCCUCAGCAUCUUGGGCACAUGGACCGGUCCAGCCUGGAGUCCUGCUCAGAGCAUCUCCUCUGUCCUCAUCUCUAUCCAGUCCCUGAUGACCGAGAACCCUUACCACAACGAGCCCGGGUUUGAGCAGGAGCGCCACCCAGGGGACAGUAAGAACUACAACGAAUGUAUCAGGCAUGAGACGAUGAGAGUGGCUGUUUGCGACAUGCUGGAGGGGAAGGUGCCGUGUCCCGAUGCCCUCUGGAGUGUGAUGGAAAAGUCCUUCCUGGAGUACUACGACUUCUACGAGAGCGUGUGCAAAGAGCGGCUGCACCUACAGGGACAGAACAUGCAGGACCCGUUCGGGGAGAAGAGGGGCCGUUUCGACUACCAGGGCCUGCUGUCACGCCUGGGGGUCACCCACCGCCGCGUCCGGGACAAGAUGUUAUCAGAAGAGGUGCCUAAUGACGACGACUCAGACUCUGACAGCACGUCCAGCGGCACGGACCCCGACAGUCAGGGCAGUACCCAGCCCUGAGCCAGGGCCGCACCUGCCCUAGGGCCCCAGAGACGGGGCCAGGCCUGACACCCACAUGCCCAGAGACAUGAAUACAGGAACCUGCCUGGGACAUGGUGCUGGGUGUACUUGUGUUUUUGUGUGGCAAACCAGCUGUCCUUCGAUGUUCAGACAAGACUGCACUGCAAAAACUGAAUUCUACAGGAGUUAAAAUGAUGUGAAUUCACAAUAAUUUUCUUAAUUUGAGAAGUUUUUACAUUUUUUAUUUAGUUAUGAUUUCUAGACUUUUUAAUUACUUUCAACUUACUGGUUUCAACAUAUUUUAUUUUUUUGUUUCUAGCUAAAUAUCUGUCUAUAUGUAAAGAUUUUUUUUGACAGAUUUUUUUCUUGAAACUACAAAAAAAUAAGUUAAAAUCCGUAAUUAAUAAAUUGAAAAUAGCAAUAGGCUAGUAGUAGUUUAUUUGAUCAUUAAAGUUUGGCAAGAAAAUGUAAUUAGAAUUGGCCAAAGUAAAAAGUUACGUUAAAAUUAUAUAAAAAUUAACUAUUUAAAAAAGGUUUUAAAAAUUACUUAAAUUAAGAACAUUUUGAAUUCAAGUCUUUUU